UAAUUGAGAUUGAGAUUUGAGGUUACGUUGAGCCAAACGAAGUGUGAACUAUAAAAUGUUUUAUUUCAAAUAAUUUCACAAACUAUGUCCUAUUUAUUUUUUACCAUCCAUUUAUAGUAGUCUUAAUUGUAAGAUGUCUGUGUUUAUUAUAAGAUCAUCUCGCUGGCUUCUGAAAACUGGACGUCUCAGACAAAACUUGACAAUAUGGAGCAAAGUAUCUACCAAUGACGCAAGGCCCCCCCUAAACUUGGCAUGUAACAGAUAUGUAUCGACAAAAAACAAGAGCUCGUCUGGUGAGUCGGAAUGGAGAGCGAUCUUUACCCGGUUCUUACCGGUAGGGUUGUGUUUAGUAGCCGUGAUGCAAUGGAGGAUGUACAGGAAGCGGAACGCCGAUAAAGUUGCUAGGCAAUGGGAGAUUAACUGUUACUGUAUGCUGCCGUUGAGGACGGUGUCCAGAUGGUGGGGGUGGCUCGCAGACAAAGAACUACCAGCAUUCUUGAGACCACCCGUAUACAAACUAUAUGCCAACACAUUCGGUGUAAAUAUAUCAGAAGCCUUAAACGAAGACCUCAUGUCUUACCCGAGCUUAGCAGACUUCUUUGCUAGACCUCUGAAAGAUGGCAUCAGGCUGAUAGAUAGGAACAGUUGUUUGGUAUCCCCGUGUGACGGGACGGUACUUCAUUUCGGAACAGUCCACACAGAACAAGUGGAACAGGUAAAAGGUGUUACAUAUUCUCUAAAAGAUUUUCUUGGUGAAAAUUCGUGGAGGAAUAACAGUAAUAAUAGUAAUAAAGAUUUUAGGACGUCUUUACUUCAUCAGCCUCAUGUGGGGAAUACACUGUAUCAGUGUGUGAUAUACUUGGCCCCCGGCGACUAUCACAGAUUCCAUUCUCCCGCCGACUGGAAACCCACCCAUCGCCGCCACUUCUCGGGAGAAUUACUCUCGGUAAACCCUAACAUCGCGAAGUGGUUACCAGGUCUGUUCUGCUUAAACGAAAGGGCGGUAUACCUGGGACACUGGGAACACGGGUUCUUCUCGUACACCGCAGUGGGUGCUACAAAUGUAGGUACGGUCAAAGUGUACUUUGACAAAACUCUGCAGACCAACACGCGGAAGAAAUCGAGCCGCUGUAAGGAGCUGUGUUUAGGGAAUUCAAUAGAUCUCGGGAAAGGAGACCUCAUGGGCGAAUUUAGGAUGGGAUCUACCAUAGUUUUAAUUUUCGAGGCUCCUAUACACUUCGAUUUUGCCAUUUUGCCCGGGGAUAAGGUGAAAAUGGGACAGAGUCUCGGUUGUGUCGAUCACCAGAUGUUUGUAGAUAGAAUAGAUAAGGACAAAAGCAGUGUGAAGACAGCGAGCUAAUCGCAAUGCUCGUUUUUUAUGAAUAGGUAUUAAAUUAUUGUGAUAUUAUUUUUUAAUAAAGAUUUAAUACAAAGUCA